AUGUCGAUGAUCGCCGGCAACCCAUUGCAAGACUUCGCAGUUUUGAAGGUGCAAACUCUCAUCGACCGCUACAAGUCCGCGGAGAACGGCGUGCGCAUGUGGCCGGGCAUAGACGUGGGCUUGCCCUGGGAGUUGUAUCAGAUGCUCGGUGUUGAUGUCGUGUGGAACUCUUGCCAUCUCCACCAAUGCCAAUGGUAG